AUGAGGAGAGGAGACAACACAGCGUUCGAAAAAGAAAAACCCAAAAGCACAACAAAAGAAAAUAGAGAGGCGUUCGCGGAAAAAGGAGCAACAGCCAAGCAGGCACGAAACACACAGCGAGGGAAGGUAAGUAGAAAGCAUGCGAAAAGAGAAAAACUCCCAAACGCCGAGACCCAUUCGGGAGAAAUCACAUGAAACACUGAAGAACUGAAACAGUGCAGGGGACAGACACACACCGCGAGGACGCCGAUGGAGUGCGUAACUUACGGCACGUGAAGCCGAGAAGACGUGUGGCUGAUGGCUUGGGGCAACAGGAGAGCCGGAGCUGGACCGAAACACAGCAGCGACACAGCGGAGGACAGCUGGAACGAGAGCCACGAGGAGCAGGAAAAGGACUGAAGAGGAAAGGCGACCGGAACCAGCGUCAAGCAACGCUAAGGAACGAACGGGACAGGUGGAGUGAGUAG